AAGAAGAAGAAGAAGAAGAAGAAGAAGAAGAAGAAGAAGAAAAGAAAAAGAAAAGAAAGCUUCUGAUAGAGACAAACGGAAGCGUUAGCCAUUUUAUAUAUGGCCAUUUGCCAUUAUUAUACCGAAAAUUAUAUAUUUUCAGUAUAUAUAUGUUCUCACUAGUAUAUCCUAAUCAGUAAAAAGUAGUAUUACGUAGACUGUAGUUUAUUUGUCUGUUAGUUAAUACUAUAGAUGUUUCGGAUCAUGGUGUGUCUGUCUGACAAACACUCAGAGGUUUUCAGUCUCUCCACGGAUCAUAGCUAAAGGUUAUACAUUCAACUCUAAGUGAAGAUGAAGAGCGCACUUGCUGUUCUUCUUUUCUCAUCAUUGUUGAUCGGUGUGUUUGUUGAUGGAGAAGAAAGUCAUGUGUCAGUAAUGGAGGGAGACUCGGUCACUCUGAAGUCUGGUCUUAUUGAAUUAAAGUCAGAGGAUGGGAUUGAGUGGAGGUUUAAUUUAAAUCGUUUUGCUAAAAUCAAGAAUGGCUCCAUUGAUCUACCACCAUCAAGAGACCGAAUGCAGCUGGACAAACAGACUGGAGAUCUCAAGAUCAGCAACAUCAGAAUCACAGACUCUGGAGAAUAUAAACUACAGAUCAGCAAAAAAAAAGCCUCCCCUCCAGAUUUUAUAUUCACUGUCAGUGUGUCUGCUGCUGAAGUGAAGUCAGUGUCGGUGAUGGAGGGAGAUUCAGUCACUCUACCGACUGGUCAUACUGAUCUACAGAAAGAUGAUGUGAUACGAUGGAGGUUUAGACAAGAGGAAUCUCUUUUAGCUGAAAUCAUCUCAACAUCUGAAGAGAGAUUCAGAAACACACACCUGGACCGGACUGGUUCUCUAAUCUUCAAGAACAUCACAACUGAACAGUCUGGACUUUAUGAAGUUGAGAUCAUUAGUACUAGAAGCAGAUACACCGUACACAGAUCAUUCAAUGUGACUGUCAGGGAUGACGUGGAGUCAGUAUCAGUGCUGGAGGGAGAUACUGUCACUUUACUCACUGGUCUUAAGGAAACAGAAAGAAUUAAACAGAUAUUGUGGAAGUCUGGAGACGAAACCAUUGCUGACUUAAACGGCUCUGUUACCAAGAAUUGGAGCAACGUUUAUCUGAAUCGUACUACUGGGGACCUCACCAUCAGUAAUGUCAGAAAUAAUCAGUAUAACUAUUAUGAAGUGGAGAUCCACACAACAGGAAUGAUCUUUCGUAGGAAAUACCUCGUUACUGAUGCUACGGUGUCAGUGUCGCUGAUGAAGGGAGAUUCUGUCACUCUACACACUCAUUUUAAUAUAAUACCAGGAAAGAAUGCGGUUUUAUGGUUUGACAAUCAAGACAACCACAUCACUCAGUCAAUCAACAUUAAUGAUACGACUGGAGACUUCACCAUCAGAAACAUCCAACAAGAUCAGUCUGGAAAUUAUACAGUAAAUAUCAUCACAAGUAGCAGGACUAUGGUCUUACUCAGGAAUUUUCAUGUUAAUAUUAAUGGUGUGUUUAGUAAUGAGAAAGAUGGCGUGAAGACAGUAUCAGUGGUGACUGGAGAAUCUUUGACUCUACACAGUAAUGUUGAUGAUACGCAGAGUGAUGUUUCAAAAGAGUGGAUGUUUGAUCAUCUCUCUAUAGCAAAAACCGAUGGAAAGAGCAACACUCCUUCAUACAGCAGUGACGUGAGAUUUAAAAACAAACUGGAUGUAGAUAUUAAAACUGGAGAUCUCUACAUUGUGAGGUCCAGCACUGAACACACUGGACUUUAUCAACUAAAGAUCAUCAACGGAACAUAUACCAUACAGAAGAGCUUCAGUGUUUGUGUCAGUUGUCUGUCUCCAGCUGCUGUAGCAAGGAUUUGUGUUGGUGUUAUUGCUGGUGUUGUUGCUGUUGCUGCUGUUGCUGCUUUUCUGAUCUGCCGUCGUCGCUGCAAGAAACCUAGAACAAUCAGGGAAGAGAAAGGACAAAGAGGGCGCAGAUGGUCCUAUUAAUGAAGAGACAAAUUUGUCUAGUACAUCCUUGUCACAAACAGCACCUCUGUGGCUCUCUCCAACCGCCACCGGAGGGAGCCCUCACCCGAAUACUGAUCGUCACGGACUCAGUUUCACAUAACCCCGUGCCUUGGGCUGAUUAGCCCUGCCAGGUGUUUCCCAUCACCACACCCUAUAUAAGGAACUUCCUCUCAAACACUCACGGCGAAGUCUUGUUAGUUCCGGCUGCAAUUCUGAGCGUUCAUCCCCGUGUUUGAUUCCCUGUUGCUGACUUAGUUUGUAUUUGUUCUCUGAUUGUUCUCUGCCUGCCUACCGACCUUCUGCCUGUUAUCGCUUACAGUCCCUGACAAAAGUCUUGUCGCUUGUGUACGAAUUGACCUGAAGUGCUGCUGAAAUAUAUUUCUAAUCAAGAUUUUUUUACAAGAAAUGGCUCAUUUUAAUCCCAACAGCUUUUGUAAUAAUGUUUCAGUGCAAAACGAAACUGUCAAAAAGUAUUCUAAUAUUCACAGCUUGGUAAAGCCCAUUGAGUCAAUUUUUGCAAAGACAUAAGUGUUGUCGCCUUGUCAUAUGAGCUUCACCUGUGACUAAGAAUGGAUCAAUUAGGUCUCAGGUGUGUAUAAAAAGAACCCCAGUAUACUAGACCUUCACAUCAAGUGCAACUAGACCUCUGCAAACAUGCCUAAGAUUCACCCUGAGACUAAAGUGUUGAUUAUCAAGAGGCUGAAGACCAGAUCCACUGCUGAUGUGGCAGACACCUUCAAUGUGUCUCAGUGUCAAGUACAGAGGAAAAAAAAAAUUUGAAGAGACUGGAGACGUUUUUGACAAGCCCAGGUCAGGCAGACCCCGCAAGACAACUGCUCGAGAGGACCUUUUGUUGGCUCGAAAAUCCAAGGCCAGCUCAUUUUCCACUGCAGCAGAGCUCCACAAGACCUGGUCACCUGAAGUCCCCAUGUCAACCAGAACAGUUUGUCGGAUUCUAUCUCGAAAUGGCCUCCAUCGUCGAAUCAGUGCCCAGAAGCCAGCACUCAACAAAAGACAAUUGAAAAACCGUGUGGCAUUUGCCAAGGCCCACAGCCUGCUAAAAGGAUGGACGCUGGAAAAAGUGUCAGAAGGUGGAUUUUUCAGAUGAAUCUUCUGUUGAAUUACACCACAGUCACCGCAAAUAUUGCAGGAGACCUACUGGAGCCCGCAUGGAUCCGAGAUUCACCCAGAAAACAGUGAAGUUUGGUGGCGGAAAAAUCAUGGUCUGGGGUUACAUCCAGUAUGGGGGUGUACAAGAGAUCUGCAGGGUGGAAGGCAACAUCAAUAGUCUAAAAUAUCAAGAAAUCUUAGCUACAUCUUAUAUUACAAACCAUAAAAGAGGCCAAAUUCUGCAGCAGGAUGGUGCUCCAUCGCAUACUUCCAUCUCCGCAUCAAAGUUCCUCAGGGCGAAGAAGAUCAAGAUGCUCCAGGAUUGGCCAGCCCUGUGACCAGACUUGAACAUCAUUGAGCAUAUGUGGGGUGGGAUGAAAGAGGAAGCAUGGAAGACGAAACCAAAAAAUAUUGAUGAACUCUGGGAGGCUUGUAAGACUGCUUUCUUUGCUAUUCCUGAUGACUUCAUCAAUAAGGUGUGUGAAUCCUUGCCAAACCACAUGGAUGCAGUCCUUCAAGCUCAUGGAAGUCAUACAAGAUAUUAAAUUUGGAUCUCACAGCACCACUACUUAAUUUGCUGACAUAUUUUAGUAUUUGCAGUAAAUUUGUUCAAUUUC